CGCCCUCCCUGCUCGCGGGCAAAGUUGAGCGAAAAGUUUGAGGCGGGAGGGCACGAGUCCCGGGCGUCGGUGCCAACCUCGAGCUUCAGUGAUCGGACCCCUCGGUUGCGGGGCUGGAGCCCGGGACGAGCUGCGUCCAGCCACAAGCCGCUAUAGGGAAGGGCGUUGGUGCCUUCUGCAGCAAACCGGACCGACUGGAUCUGGCUGCCCCGGGGAAUGACGCGGCUGCUCCCGCAGCCCCGGCUUCGGGCGGAGAGGGCGAGCCCCACUGCCCGUCCCACGACGUCCUCCUGGACAGCACCGAUAAGGAGCUGAAGGCAGCCGCCGCCGUCCCCGCGAGCUGCAUCCUGAGAGCACUGGGACGGCCGCAGAACCGAGCUAUGGAGACAGCCGGUCGCCCUGGGAGCCUGCUCCCGCGGCCAUGCCGGGUGCUGGUGCUGCUGAACCCGCAGGGUGGCAAGGGCAAGGCCCUGCAGCUCUUCUAUAGCUACGUGCAGCCCCUUCUGGCCGAUGCCGAGGUGUCCUUCACUCUCAAGGUCACUGAGCGGCCGAACCAUGCCCGGGAGUUGGUGUGUGCAGAGGAGCUGGGCCGCUGGGAUGCGCUGGUGAUCAUGUCUGGGGAUGGGCUCGUACACGAGGUGGUGAACGGGCUCAUGGACCGGCCUGACUGGGAGACUGCCAUCCAGAAGCCCCUGUGCAGCCUUCCCGGAGGCACUGGCAAUGCUCUGGCAGCUUCGAUGAACUACUAUGCUGGGUAUGAGCAGGUGACCAACGAAGACCUCCUGACCAACUGCACACUGCUGCUGUGUCGCCGGCACCUGUCUCCCAUGAAUCUACUGUCGCUGCACUUGGCCUCGGGGCUGCACAUCUACUCCGUACUCAGCCUGGCCUGGGGCUUCAUUGCCGACGUGGACCUGGAGAGUGAGAAGUAUCGGCGCCUGGGAGAGAUGCGGUUCACACUGGGCGCCUUCUUGCGCCUGGCAGCCCUGCGCAUCUACCAGGGCCAACUGGCCUACCUUCCUGUAGGAGGCGCUGUCUCCAAGAUGUCUGCCUCUCCGCCGGAGGCGCGGCAGGGCCCUGUAGACACACACCUGGUCCCCCUGGGGGAGCCAGUGCCCUCUCACUGGACUGUGGUGCCUGACCAGGACUUCGUGCUGGUGCUUGUGCUUCUGCACACCCACCUGGCCAGCAACAUGUUCACAGCACCCAUGGGUCGCUGUGCAGCUGGAGUCAUGCAUCUGUUCUAUGUGCGUGCAGGGGUGUCUCGGGCCACCCUGCUGCGCCUCUUCCUGGCCAUGCACAAAGGCAAGCACAUGGAGUACAACUGCCCCCACUUGGUGCAUGUCCCUGUGGUCGCUUUCCGCCUGGAGCCCAAGAGCCAGAGGGGCAUGUUUGCCAUAGAUGGAGAGAUGACGACGUGUGAGGCUGUGCAGGGUCAGGUGCACCCAGACUGCUUCUGGAUGGUCAGUGGCAGCAGAGACACCCCCAACCAGCUGGGAACCCCAGCAGAGGCCAUCUCCUGAAGCGCCUUUGUGACUCUCUGGCCCUCUGUGCCUUUAUUGACUGGCUAGCCUGAGAUGGGACCCCUCUGGAGAGGGCAGGGCGGUGGGGCUACACUUUGAGCAGACAGGCUUUGCUCUCCAAGCCAAGAAUGAGACCUCGGGCAGCAGCCCCGCUGGCUGGGACCAGCCAGUUGCCUGUGGACACACUCCACCAUCAAUCCAAUUCAAAUAAAGCUAAAUUUCCAA